AUGGGCCGCAACAACGUCCGCAAAGGCUCCGACCUCCUCCAAAGAGCCGGCUCUCAAAUCGACAUAGCAUCCGUCAUCCCAGAAUUCGGCGACCAGCCUCGCUACAUCGUAGGGCACGACAUGUCUCAAAUCGACUUAGAGCGCUUCAUCAACGUCAUCCGUCACGGGCAAAACGACGCUUGGAUGCAACCACAAUCAUCACUCGCCAACUCUCCGAUCACUCCUGCUACCAACUGCCUUGUAACAUGCGAAGCAAGGAAUAUCAUCAGAGGGUUCCCACCGCGUUACCACCAGACAACACGGAAGCCCGUCGUGAAGGAAUCCGACGUUGUCUUCAUCCUCGUUGUUCAAGGACGUAGCGGCUCGAACCGGUCGAAGUUCGUACUGAGGACCGGUCUGGAAGCAACUGGAGCGGAGUUAUUCUUUGAGGCCGCGAACGGAUUCUCGGUCGUAUUUAGCGGGGCUAUGCUGAAAACCAAUAUGGACAAGCGAAGGGAUGUGAGAUAUGGCUACAAAAGAGAGAGUACCCUAGAGGAACUGGUUUCUAUCAGCGAAGACGACGCCGAGAAAAUGAUUGGUGUUUUGUGCUAG